AUGUUCUGUAUGUGUGGCUUGUUGUCACUUCCAGUGCAAGGAAUUCUCGCUGUCAUAGUACUGUUGACGACGUUGGUGUUCUGGAUGUUGUACUUUAAGGACUCUCCUUACGCGCACAAGCAUAGGUCUGAUAAUGAAAAACACUUCAUUGACGAAAAUGCCAGAAAAGUGCCGUUUCCCAGUCUGGAGGAUGAAGGCACUUUGGAUUUGUCGAUCAUAGUGCCUGCGUACAACGAACAAGACAGGAUAAGGCCUAUGCUUGAAUCAUGCUUACAUUUCUUGACUGAUGUCAGCCGAAAAUGGUCGUUUGAAGUGAUAGUUGUUAGUGAUGGGAGUACCGACGGGACAUGUGAUAUUGUCAUGGAAUAUGUCCAACAGUAUGGUUCUGAUCGUAUACGUCUUUUAAAAUUAUACAAAAAUCGUGGAAAGGGAGGUGCUGUUUGCUUGGGAAUGAAAAGUGCGCGUGGACGUACCUUAUUAUUUGCUGAUGCUGAUGGUGCUACAAGAUUUCAAGAUUUAGAAAAAUUGGAAACAGUACUACACUUCUUGGCAGCAAAUGAUGUUACUGAAGGUGCUAAAACGGUUUAUGCGGUUGUGUGUGGCUCACGUGCCCACUUAGAAACGGAAUCUAAGGCUCAAAGAAGUGUAUUCCGAACUUUCUUGAUGAUGUGCUUUCAUAUGCAUGUCUGGAUAUUUGGAGUACGUACAAUCAAAGAUACACAAUGUGGCUUUAAACUAUUCACUCGGCCAGCUGCAAGAAUCUUGUUUAAUAAUUUACAUGUUGAUGGAUGGGCUUUUGAUGUAGAAAUGUUAUACAUAGCUGAGAAGUUGAAAUUGCAAUUAGCUGAAGUACCAGUUCAUUGGACAGAGAUCGAAGGCUCAAAAAUAGUCCCUGUGUGGAGUUGGUUGGAAAUGGGUUUUGAUGUAUUAGCAAUAUGGCUUCGAUACCGUACAGGAUCAUGGAAGAUACGCAAAUAA